CCUCUGUGAGGCGUUUACGGCUCACCGACGGUGCUCAAGGUCCCUGCUCGAUGUUUUGGUAGGAAAUCGGGGGUGUGCGCAUUAUGCUUGACAUGGUGGGAAGUGAGGAAGUCAUGGCAAAUGGGCACAAUGACCGCGAUCUUGACAUCAGCGGUGUGGUGUCCGAGCUGGGCAAGGUGCGCUCCUCGCUCGGCAGCAACGAGGAGGAGUUCGGCUUCCUGGCUAACCUGCUGCAGAGCGCCCAGCUGCAGAGUCUCAUCCAGGCCCACAGCACAAUCAUGGCGAGCAUGACGGAGAACAUGUGCCAGCCAGUGCUCUCCACGGCCGAGGACAUCGCGUUCGAAGUGAUGGGGGAGAUCCAGCUGAAGGGCCUGACCCAGCCGGACGCCGUCGAGCUCUUCCGGCUGCUGCAGGCGCCACACAUGCUGCACCUGCUGUCGGCGCAUGACGUGGUGGCGCAGAAGGACUUCGUGCCGCGCCUGCCGGACCCGCCAACCGACGCUGCCGACGAGGAGGAGGAGACCGUCAAAAUCGUGCAGCUCGUCAAAAGCAACGAGCCGCUGGACGGUUCAAAGGGAUGCGAGCCUAUUGUGGGCGCCACCAUCAAGGCGGACGAGCAGACGGGCGCCAUCGUGAUCGCGCGGGUGAUGCACGGCGGCGCUGCCGACCGGUCGGGCCUGAUCCACGUGGGCGACGAGGUGCUCGAGGUCAACGACAUCGACGUCACCGAUCGCUCGCCCAACGACGUGCUGCGCAUCCUGACCCAGGCUCAGGGCACCAUCACCUUCAAGCUGAUCCCGGCCGACACGCGGCACGCGGCGCGCGAGUCCAAGGUGCGCAUGCGCGCCCUCUUCGACUACGUGUCCUCCGAGGACAAGCACAUUCCGUGCCGCGAGGCGGGCCUCGACUUCCAGCGGGGAGACAUCCUGCACAUCGUCAGCCAGGACGACAUCUACUGGUGGCAGGCGCGUCGGGAGGGCGACUACAGCAUGCGGGCCGGCCUGAUCCCCAGCCGGGCGCUGCAGGAGCGGCGCAUUCUGGCCGAGCGCACGCAGCGCGCCGACGAUAAGGGCAUUUCUUGCGUGGCGAGGUCUCCAGGCAGUCGCAGUAACAAAAUACGCAAGAUCAUGUACGACGCGGCCGAAAACGACGACUUUGACCGCGAGGAGGUGGCCACCUAUGAAGAGGUGGCCAAGCUGUACCCGCGGCCCGGCUACCACCGGCCGGUCGUGCUGGUGGGGCCGCCCGGUGUGGGGCGCAACGAGCUGAAGCGCCGCCUGGUGGCCACCAACCCGGACAAGUACCGCUCUGUCAUACCCUACACAUCGCGGCCGCAGCGGCCGGGCGAGAGCAACGGCGUCGACUACCACUUCGUGUCCCGCGCCGACAUGGAGGACGGGCUGGCGCGCGGCCGCUUCGUCGAGUUCGGCGAGUACCGCGGCAACCUGUACGGCACCGCCCAGGAGAGCAUCCUGUCCAUCAUCAACAGCGGGCAGGUGUGCGUGCUCUGCCCGCACUACCAGGCCAUCAAGAUGGUGCGCACCAGCGAGAUGAAGCCGCACAUGGUGUUCGUCAAGCCGCCCAUGUACGAGCGGCUCAAGGAGACGCGCGCCUCCAGCUACGCCCGCUCCACGUUCGACCAGACCAGCACGCGCGGCUUCACCGACGACGAGCUGCGGGACAUGCUACACUCUGCGGCGCGGCUCGAGUUCCACUACGGCCACUUAUUCGACGAGACCAUCGUCAAUGACAACCUGUCGACGGCCGUCGAGCAGCUGCUGCGGACGGCCCGCCGCGUCGAGAACGAGCCGCUCUGGGUGCCGGCCAGCUGGGUGCAAUAGCGGCCCGGCGCUGCCAGGCCCGCCGCGCCUGCCGGCCGGCGGCCGGCGCCGGCGCACCGGCUCGCGCCACCGGUCACUGCCAGGCGAUGUUGCGAGGG